GCGGGGCGCAGGAGGCGCGGUUUGUCUCCUGCCGGCGCUGGUAGCGGCUGCGGCUCCGGCCGCCCCCCGCCCCCGCUUCCUGCCAGGAGCGAAUGGAAAGUCUGGCCCCGGCGCCCGCGAGUAUACUGUAGAAAAGCUAGAGCAGUGAGAAUGCACCAUGGUAAUGGCCCUCAGAAUGCCCAGCGCCAGCUCCAGAGGUCCCGGUCCUUCACAGGCAGUGAGGGAGAAGAGCAGCAGGCAAACCUACCCCAGUCCCCUGCAGCUUCUUUUGCACCUUCUGCAAGUCCAUCUGCACCCCAGUCCCCCAGUUACCAAAUACAGCAGUUUAUAAUGAGUCGAAGUCCAGUGGCUGGGCAGAAUGUGAACAUCACGCUGCAGAACGUUGGACCAGUGGCUUCAGGAAACCAGCAGAUAACGCUCACCCCAUUGCCAAUUCCAAACCCAACGUCGCCCAGUUUCCAGUUCAGCCCUCAGCAGAGGCGGUUUGAGCAUGGGUCCCCCUCCUACAUUCAAGUUACUUCACCGCUGCCUCAACAAGUUCAGUCUCAAAGCCCUACACAGCCUAACCCUGUGCCAGUGCAAACCUUACCAAGUGUUCGGGCAGGCACUCCAGGCCCUGGCUUGGGAAUGUGCAGCCAGAGCCCCACGAGAGGAUUUGUGGAUGCUAGUGUGCUCGUGAGACAAAUCAGCUUGAGUCCUUCAAAUGGUGGACACUUUGUGUAUCAAGAAGGACCAGGAAUUGCACAGAUUGCUCAAGGAGCUGCUGCACAAGUACAGCUUCCAUCUUCUGGGACACCCGCUACGGUAAGGGAACGAAGGCUUUCGCAGCCUCAUUCGCAGUCUGGUGGCACCAUCCAUCAUCUGGGUCCUCAAAGCCCUGUAGCUAGCGGAACAAAUAUGCAAUCUUUGACUAGCCCAGGCCAUAUUACGACGACCAGCUUGCCACCCCAAAUCAGCAAUAUUAUCCAAGGGCAACUGAUGCAGCAGCAGCAGCAAGUGCUUCAAGGACAGCAGCUGGGUAGACCCAUUGGAUAUGACAGGACUUCUAGCGGAUUAAUAGCAGGGGUUGGAGGACCUAGUGCAUUUGGAAUGACAUCACCACCUCCUCCCACAAGUCCUUCACGGGCCACUGUACCACAGGGGCUGUCAAGUCUUCCUCUUACUCCUACAGUUAAUACGGCAGUGAAAAAACAACCCAAAAAAUUAGAGGAGAUUCCUCCUGCCAACCAAGAGACUGCUCAAAUGAGAAAACAAUGUUUGGAUCAUCACCACAAGCAGAUGGAAAUUCUUAAGGAAACUUUUAAGGAAUGUUUGAUUGAACUGUUUUUCCUGCAACAUCUUCAAGGGAAUAUGAUGGACUUUUUGGCCUUUAAGAAGAAACAUUGUGUUCCACUGCAAGCAUACCUGAGGCAAAAUGACUUGGAUCUGGAGGAGGAAGAAGAGGAAGAACAAUCUGAGGUCAUCAAUGAUGAGGUAAAGGUUGUGACAGGAAAGGAUGGGCAGACUGGUACUCCUGUCGCUAUAGCAACCCAGCUUCCUCCAAAUGUUUCUGCUGCUUUUUCAUCCCAGCAGCAACCAUUUCAGCAAACGCAUACAGGGACUCCAGUAACGGGGACUGUGAACACCAUAGAAAUUGAAGCUUUUAAGAGACAGCAGGCACUUGCACCAGCAGAUUCGUCUAAGAGACCACGAAUUGAAGUGGGCCGUCAUGGGAUGGUUUUUCAGCACCCGGGUGUGGCUUCAGGAGUUCCUCUUCAACAGCUAAUGCCAACGGCACAAGGUGGAAUGCCUCCCACUCCUCAAACUGUACAGCUGACUGGACAGAAACAGAGUCAACAGCAGUAUGACCCAUCUAAAGGCCCUCCUGUGCAGAACGCAGCCAGUCUGCAUACACCUCCACCACAGCUGCCAGGGAGACUGCAACCUGCAAACGUCCCCAUGACAUCUCUUCCAGCUGCUCUGCAGUUGUCACAGCAGCAGCCACAGAUAGUGGAAUCUCCAGCUCAGCCUCAGAUUCAGGUGAAGAUCCAGCCUCAAAGUGUACCCCUGACUUCCGCUCCACUUCCAGCACCACUUCAACAGCAGGUGCCACCAGCAAUCCAUGUGCAAGGACAGACACCAAACCAAGUGUCACAGCCACAAGCUACAAUACAGCAACAGACUGUGACUCUGACACGACCAUCUGUAGAUCCUGCUCAGACUUCUCAGCGUCUUACAGCAAACACACUACCACCUACCUCAUCUGUUGCGCCAGCAACUAUCUCAGGCACAACACCGCCUUCUACAUAUCCAGUACAAACAAACAGGAGCUCUCCAGCAACUAACAAGUCCCUGUCUCCUAUUGCGUCAAAACCCCCAGGCUUAGCAGUAGCAUCAGCACCAAAAACACAAAGUCCAGCUCAGAAUGCAGCAGUAUUACCACAGGACAACUCUCAAGACAAGCUUGCUGAGCAAGUAAAGCUGGAAAAUCAAAUCCAUCAGCGAAUAGCAGAACUGAGAAAGGAAGGUUUAUGGUCCCCGAGGCGACUGCCUAAACUCCAAGAGGCUCCAAGACCAAAAUCUCACUGGGAUUAUUUGCUGGAAGAAAUGCAGUGGAUGGCGACUGAUUUUGCCCAAGAGAGAAAGUGGAAGAUGGCAACUGCUAAGAAGAUGGUAAGAACUGUAGCUCGGUAUCAUGAAGAAAAGAAACUUAAUGAAGAGCGAGCUAAGAGGGAAGAACAAAACAAACUAAGGCGAAUCGCUGCAUCGAUUGCUAGAGAAAUAGAAUACUUCUGGUCUAACAUUGAACAGGUGGUUGAAAUAAAACUGCAAAUUGAAUUUCAAGAGAAAAGGAAAAAAGCUUUGAAUUUAAAGAGAAUUUCAAGGAAAGGUAGGGAUACAAGAACUGCAGAAGACCUUUUAUUGGAAAAAGAAAGUGAAAUGGGUUCAUCAUCUGGAAGGAAAAGAAAGGCAAGCACGUCUUUGACUGAUGAGGAAGUUGAAGAUGAAGAAGAAACAAUUGAAGAACAAGAAGCUAAAGAGGGAAACAUAAACCAUCAAACCGAAUUGUCUAAUCUAGCCAAAGAAGCUGAAUUGCCUUUGGAAGAUUUACUAAAGAUGUAUGAAGGUGCCUUUGCAGAAAGUUUUCACUGGCCCCAGCCAAAGCCUGACAGUGAAGAGGAUAGCAGUGAGGAAGAAAUGGAAGACCAUAUCUCUGAUAGGGAAAGUCCUCAGAAAGAAGUUGUCCUCAUCGACUCCCUCCUCAGCAUUGACCAGUACAAGGGUAUAGACAGAUCAAGUCCUCCAAAGAAGCAUAUGCGAGACAUAGCAGAAGUUGCUGCUGCAGCAGAAAUGCUGUUACCUAAAGGCAGCUCCCGGAUAACUACAGCAAUAAAAUACAAUACUCCAUCGCUGCUGUAUGGGCCUCUCAGAGAAUAUCAAAAGAUUGGGCUGGACUGGCUAGCAAAGCUGUACAGGAAGAAUCUCAACGGCAUUCUAGCAGAUGAAGCUGGUCUUGGAAAAACAGUACAAAUUAUUGCCUUUUUUGCCCACUUGGCUUGUAAUGAAGGUAAUUGGGGCCCUCACCUUGUUGUUGUACGGAGCUGUAACAUACUGAAAUGGGAGCUGGAAUUGAAACGCUGGUGCCCGGGGUUGAAAAUACUCCUCUACUUUGGCAGCCAGAGGGAGCUGAGGGCAAAAAGACAGGAAUGGACAGAACCCAACAGCUUCAAUGUGUGUAUCACUUCCUACAAACAGCUGUUCAAAGGCCACCCAGCAUUUAUGAAAAUGCGAUGGAAAUACUUAAUAGUAGAUGAGAUGCAACAGAUAAAGAACAUGACUGAGAAGCACUGGGAGGCACUUUUCAGUCUCCGCAGCCAGCAUCGUUUACUUCUGAUAGACACUCCUUUGCAUAACACAUUGAUGGAGUUGUGGACCAUGGUACAUUUUCUGAUUCCGGGAAUUUCCAGACCUUACCUAGAUUUUCCAGUAAAAGCACCUAAUGAGGAGAACCAGGAUUAUUGCCAUAAACUGGUCAUCAGGUUACACAGAAUGAUUCAGCCAUUUAUUUUGCGAAGAUCAAAGAGAGAUGUUGAAAAGCAGCUAACAAAGAAAUAUGAACAUGUGCUAAAGUGUCGCCUUUCUAGUCGACAAAAAGCUAUGUAUGAAGAUGUCAUUUUACAACCAGGAACCCAAGAAGCACUCAAAAGCGGACACUUCAUCAGUGUCCUGCAUGUCCUGAUGCGGCUGCAGCGGAUUUGUAAUCACCCUGAUCUGAUAAACCCUCGGCUUUCAAGUACCUCUUAUGUAUCAGAAACACUGGAAUACAGAACUGCGUCUCUGGUACUGAGUGCCCUGGAAAAGGAUAUUUGGAAGGAAUCAGACCUGUCUCUUUUUGAUCUCAUUGGAAUGGAAAACAAAAUGACUCAUUAUGAAGCACAAAUGUUGCCAAAACAAAAGAUUACUAGAAAGUUAAUUGAAGAAAUCUACAGCUCCCCUCCACCACCAGCUAGGCCCAACCCAGUGAAGCUCAAACCAAGCAGGUUGUUUCAACCAGUUCAGUAUGGUCAGAAACCCGAGGGCAGGACUGUAGUCUUCCCAAGCACUCAAGUACAACGCACAGUGACCACAGCAACUGUAACUCAACAGGCACAAGUACGAGGAAGAUCACCCAUAGCUACGGUGUCUUCAAAUCAAGCCGCAGCAGCACAGUUUCAGACAACUCAGGCUUCCACCAGUGCUCCAAGACACCAGCCCGCAGCGACCUUCACCACAGCAACUAGCACAGCCAACCCUGUGAAACCGCGGGGCCAGACCUCUGCGCCGGCCUCUCAGCUAGGCCAGGCCCAGCCACAGGCCCCCUCGCACACCAUCCAACAGAGUGUGCUGCCUCAGAGGCUGGUACUGACCUCUCAGGCCCAGGCACGGUUGCCUAGUGGUGAGGUAGUAAAAAUAGCCCAGCUGGCUUCUAUAGCAGGAGCUCAAGGCAGGAUCGCUCAGCCAGAGACCCCUGUAACACUGCAGUUCCAAGGGAACAAGUUCACUUUAUCACAUAGUCAACUUCGCCAGCUCACUGCAGGGCAACCCUUGCAGUUACAAGGAAGUGUUCUUCAGAUUGUUUCAGCACCUGGUCAGCAGUAUUUGAGACCUCAGGGCCCGGUUGUCAUGCAGACGGUUUCCCAAGCAGGAGCUGUUCAGAACGCUCUGAAUGCUUUAGGAAACCAGCAUCAAGCUGGAGUCGCAACUUCCACAGCAGUGGCACAGCAAGUUUGUAUUCCAGGUAGAACUGCAAUUACUAAUUUGUCAUCUGGUGACAUGGGAGCAGCGUUAAAACCAGCACCUGGUUUAACACAUGGACAAUUGCAGCAAAUGGUUCUUUUUCAACUUUCCUUGGCAAAGGAAACAUAUGAAGAGAAGAACCGGCUUUUGAAGGAGCGUCUGGACAGAAUAUUUUCUGGGAAUGAGCGCCGUUGUUCACGGGCCCCAAUGUAUGGCAGAGACUUGCUGAGUGUUUGUUCUUUGGCUGGUGAAAGAAAGCCCCCUCAGCCUUCCAGUCAAGACAACAGCUGGAGGUGGGCUGGCUUUGUGAACUGUUGCCUUUCUUCAAGUGCCUCUGGAGGCCCAAGCAGCCCACUGCAAGAAAUGAUCCUGACUUUGGGUCAGCAACAAGAAUCUCUAAAGGAUGUUGUUAACAGGGCUCUCCUCGUCUUGCCAGCUGCAGUUGCUGCUCCCCCAUGUAUGUAUGUAGCAAAUCCUCCCCCUUCAUAUAGUCAUAGACUGAAACUCCUUAAGCACAGUCUUAAGCAGAAGGCAGCUCCACACUUGCAUCAGUUGCAACGGAUUACCACCCCUCACUUGCUGCAGUUCCCUGACCUCCGGCUGGUGCAGUAUGACUCAGGAAAAUUAGAAGCUCUUGCUGUCCUGCUUCAAAAGUUGAAAUCUGAAGGGCGCCGUGUGCUGAUCUUAUCACAGAUGAUUCUGAUGUUGGACAUACUGGAACUGUUCCUGAAUUUCCAUUUCCUCACGUUUGUGAGGAUUGAUGAAUAUGCUAACCAUGAACAACGGCAGGAGCUGAUGAAAAUUUUCAACAGAGACAAGCGCAUUUUCUGUGCCAUCCUUUCCUCUCACAGUCGUUCCACUGGAGUCAAUCUUGUUGAGGCAGACACAGUUGUGUUCUAUGACAAUGAUCUAAACCCCGUGAUGGAUGCAAAAGCUCAGGAAUGGUGUGACAGAAUUGGGAGAUGUAAAGAUAUCCAUAUAUACAGGCUUGUCAGUGGUAAUUCAGUAGAAGAAAAGCUUUUGAAAAAUGGCACAAAGGACUUGAUCAGAGAAGUAGCUGCUCAGGGAAAUGACUAUUCAAUGGCCUUUUUAACACAGCAAACAAUUCAGGAAUUGUUUGAGGUUCAUUCUCCUAUGGAGGAUUCUGGAUUUAGAGUGAAAGCAGAAGAAUUUGUAGUGCUUUCUCAAGAGCCAUCUCCAGCAGAAAAUAUUUCACCUAAAGUUGCAAGACCAUUCAUAGAGGCCCUCAACAGUAUCGAACAAGAGGAUGAGGAGUCAAAUGAUCGUGUACAAGAAAUAGGACGUGGCUCAAGCAUUGAACCGUUAAUCUCAGAGCUCUGUGAGACAAAAUACAAUGAAGAGCCCUCACAGCUGCAGGAGUUAGUUGCUGUUGUGGAUCAGCUGACUCCAAUUGAGAAGUAUGCUUUGAAUUAUUUAGAGCUCUUCCAUGUUUCAGUUGAUGAGAAUGAGCCACGUCUGAAUGAGAUGGAAUUGAAAACUGCAAAGAAAGCAUGGGAAGUCCAACAUAUGAAGGAGUUAAAGGAAAAAGAGCAAAAAAUGCUUUGGGAGGAUGAAGAGGAACUUCUAACCUAUACUCGGGAGGAUGCGUACAACAAAGAAUAUGUCUAUGAAGGUCCAGAUGGACAAACUGAAAUAAUGCCACUUUGGACUCCUCCCACUCCACCUCAGGAUGACAAUGAUAUCUACAUAGAUUCUGUUAUGUGCCUGAUGUAUGAUACUACCCCUAUUCCAGAAUCGAAGUUGCCUCCAGUGUAUGUCAGGAAGGAACGUAAACGACACAAAACAGAUCCAUCUGCUGCAGGUAGGAAGAAAAAGCAACGUCAUGGAGAGACAGUUAUUCCACCUCGUUCCCUUUUUGAUCGAGCUACUCCAGGAAUGUUGAAAAUGCGCCGAGAGGGCAAAGAGCAAAAGAAAAACAUCUUGUUGAAACAACAAACACAGUUUGCAAAGCCUUUGCCAACUCUUGUCAAACCAGCUGCUGAGGCUGGACAGGAUAAUCCAGAGUGGUUGAUCAGUGAAGACUGGGCACUUCUGCAGGCAGUGAAGCAGCUGCUGGAGCUUCCUUUAAAUCUUGCUGUUGUAUCACCAGCACACACUCCCAAUUGGGACCUUGUUAGUGAUGUUGUUAACUCCUGCAGCAGAGUCUAUCGCUCACCAAAACAAUGCCGAAACAGAUACGAAAAUGUCAUUAUCCCAAGGGAAGAAGGAAAGCUAAUGUACGAAGCUAAUCCUAAAAAGAAGACAAAAAGUAUUUAUAAGACUAAAAACAGUCGCCCACUUCGUACCAAUCAGAUCUAUGCUCAAGAUGAGGGUGCAACCCACACGCAACUUUAUACUAAUCAUUUUGAGAUGAUGAAAAUGAUUGCAGGGAAAAGAAGUCCACCUAUCAAACCUCUACUUGGCAUGAAUCCUUUCCAGAAGAAUCCAAAGCAUGCAUCAGUGCUUGCAGAAAGUGGAAUCAACUAUGACAAGCCACUUCCUCCAAUUCAAGUUGCAUCCCUCCGAGCAGAACGUAUUGCAAAAGAGAAAAAGGCUUUGGCUGAACAGCAGAGGGCACAGCAGCAGACAGGUCCACAGCCUCAGCAGCAGCAAGCUGGCCAGCAGCAAGCUCAGCAACCAGCUGUACAGCAAGCACAAGCCCAACCUCAGCCACAGGCUCAGGCACAGGUAGUUCAGCAGCCACAGGCAGUAGUGCAGACUGCAGUAACUACUGUGGCCAACACAGCAGUAUUGGCUGGCACAAUCAAAACAGCAGUUACGGGGACAAGUAUACAGACUGCCACAGUGAGUGGAAAUGUCAUAGUGAAUACAGUUGCUGGAGUCCCUGCUGCUACCUUUCAGCCCAUCAAUAAACGUCUGGCUUCUCCUGUUAUACCUGGAACGUUGACUACUUCGGGAGGCACUGCAACUGCGCAAGUGGUCCAUACCCAGCAGCGAACUGCGGCAGCGCCUGCUGCUUCCACAGAGCUGGUGACCAUUGCAUCUACCCAGGGAGUCCGUGCAGUGACAUCAGUGACAGCAUCAGCAGUAGUAACUACAAACUUAACACCCGUGCAGACCCAGACAAGAUCUUUGGUGACUCAAGUUACACCAGCUACACCAACAGUCCAGCUCUCUGGCAAAACAAUCACCCCUGCUCACUUCCAGCUUCUAAGGCAACAGCAGCAGCAGGCUGCUCAGGUGCAGGUCCCACAGAUUCAGGCUCAGGCACAAGCCCAGUCUCCAGCUCAAAUAAAAACUGUAGGGAAAUUGUCACAGGAGCAGCUGAUCAAGCUGCAGAAGCAGAAACUGCAGCUUCCCCAGCAGCAGGCAGCGCAGCAGACACAGCAAGGGGCACAACAGCAAACAGCGCAAGUGCAAGUACAGCAGCAACAGCAAACUCAGCAGCUCACUGCAGUUACAGCACCUCGUCCUGGUGCAGUUCUCACAGGCACUACUGUGACAAACCUGCAAGUUGCUCGCCUUACUCGUGUUCCUGCUUCCCAGCUUCAAGCACAAGGACAGAUCCAGGCCCAAACUCCACAAGCAGCACAGGUUGCUUUGGCAAAGCCUCCAGUGGUGUCUGUUCCAGCUGCUGUUGUGUCAUCUGCAGGAGUCACUACACUCCCCGUCACUGUGGCUGGUAUUAGUGUUGCCAUUGGGCAGCCACAGAAAGCAGCAGGAGGCCAGACGGUAGUUGCACAGCCACUGCAUGUCCAGCAGCUUCUAAAACUCAAGCAUCAUCAAGCAGCACAGCAACAGAAAGCUAUCCAGCCUCAGGUUGCUCAGGGUCAGGCUACUGUGCAGCAAAAGAUCAAUGCUCAACAGGUUACGGUCCAAACCCAACAGCAGACUUCACAGCAACAAAAAGUAACUUAUACUACACAGCCUGCCAUUAAAACACAGUUCUUAACAACUCCAAUUUCCCAAACCCAGAAACCAGGUGGAACCCAGCAAGUCCAGGCCCAGAUUCAGGUACAGGUUGCAAAACUUCCACAAGUGGUCCAGCAACAGGCUACUGUUGCCAACAUUCAACAGAUGGUUUCAGUUUCCCAGCAGGUACAAGCUCAACCCCAAACUGUGACACUUUCUCAGACGACAGCAGGUCAACAGCAGGUUCAGGUGAUUCCUGCAACAACUGCUACUGCUCAGGUCGUCCAGCAGAAACUGAUACAACAGCAAGUCGUGACAACAGCAUCUCCCCAGAUUCAGGCUCCGGGUGUACAGAAUCCAGCCCAGACACCAGCAACAUCUGAAGCCCAGAAUCAGCAAGCAAAAGUACAAAUGAGGACGCCUACUGUCAGAUUAAAGGCACCUACUAAACCAAGUUGAACUAAUGGUUAAAAUGCAAUAACAGGGAAACACAGUGUUUCUUAGUUGCUAAGCCAAGUGAGAAGUUACUCCAAACACCCAAAUGAAGACAAACGACCUCUAUUUUCUCUUUUUUUUUUAGCAGAAGGUUUUUUGCUGGUGAACAUUUAAACAUGGAAACUCUCAUAUAGCUUCAGCAUAUUAGCAACUGUUUAGCACUCAAAAUCUGUACAAAAUGCAUUCUACCAGUGUUCUCUGUGCUCAUUCAGACCAGAUAAAGCAAACAUUAGUUACGUUUAAAUCCUGCCCAGCUUCACAAAAGUCACAUGGUAAUAUGCCAUACAUGUCAAUAAAAUUCAUCUGUGGUAGUAUACCACAAAUACAUGCCCGUGGGAAUAUGCAGUUCUUUGCUAUAGUUCAGAUGUGUGCUGAAUAUCCACGGUGAAGCUAUUCAAAGAACCAAGUGUGGCUGUUACAGUAUUUUCCAUCUGUAUAAAAGCUGCGUGUUGUUCUUGCUUGAGGUAAACACCUCUGGAAGAUCUUAACAUAUUUGAAGUGCUCCCUGCGAAGUUUAGCCAAUAAAUGUGAAAACCUGUAAGUAUAUGUAAUUAAAAAAGGAAAGAAAAAAUUCACUCUCCAUUUUUGUAAGUCUUUUAAAAUGUUUGUUAGUAGUUUUGUGUACAGUUUACUGAAUCACCCAAUCUGUGCCCUCAUUCUCAUAUUUCACUUUAAGAUAAUGGAUAUUUUAGGCAUGAACUGAGUAAAUACUGUGUUGAUAGUAGAUGUGUAUUAAAGUGUAGCCCUUUCUUUUUUUGGUAAAAGAUGUUUGGUGGAUACAGCUAAACAAAUGAUCCAUAGCUGUUCCUCAUGGGACUUCCAUCAAGGAAAAUCUCCAACUGAUAAAAUUUAAUCUCUCAGUUUCAUUCUGCUCUUGCAACAUGUUUAAAUGUUCAGUACUUUCUACUCAGCUUUCAGCUCGGGGCGGGUGGGGGGCUAGGGAAGGGAGAAUAGUGAAAUUAAAUCUAAGACUUAAUUCUUCAACUGUGUAAAGAAUAAGAUCUAACUUUUGUACUAUUCUUUUACUAAAGCUAAUGAUGAAUGUAUCUUCAGGUGGGUAUUUUGGAUGUGAAUAGAGCGUGGCCUCUUCCUCCAAAUCAGUUUGCCUUAUUGUUAUGAAGAAAAAAAAAACCUUAGCAAAAAGCUGCAUAGAACUGUGGGGGUUUUCUUUACUUUUCUUGCAUAAAAUGAAAAGCAGACUCUGUUUGCAAACAGCACUGAGUGAGGAAUCAAAAAGCUCUUGGUGGCUUCAAUGGAUUUGUUUUCCUUUGGCCAUAAAACUGCAUGACGUGUCAAAUCCAGACAAAAUUCUCACAUUCCUUCUCUGAGAUGGUUUUAAGAUUAUUUUUCCAUUCUGUGAUCUUUUUACUCUUCGGAGGGGAGCCUGUUUAAAGGCAAGGAAAGCGUAUCUUUUGUUCUUAACCUCUGUAUGUACACACCUAUUGGUACCCAGCAACCCAAAUGGCUUAAACAAGAAAGAAUACCCAUCUGCUCCUCUGUUCUAAGUAGGAUAAGGACAGCCCAUUCUGUUAAGAUCACAAAUGCAAACACCGGGUCAGGCAGCCUUCCCAAUUUAUGUGUGUUAAUUUUGUACCUCUUUUCUCCCACAGCCUCUUGGACCCUCAGCUCUGCAAUUACAGGGGCAGUGUUGUUGUUUUUUUUAAGCUGUUUGUGCAUGUGGCAGCAUUCCCUCGACCCUCUUUGGGGUUUGUGCCAUCACUUAAAUGUCGUUUCUAGCCGCAAAGCUGGUGGUGUUGGCAGUGGAAUAGUUGGAAACACAAAGCGAAUGCGAUGGUAGCGGAUAACUGACGCUGUGUACAGUAUCGUGUUGCUCAUCCAAAAAUACUGCUUAGUUAGCCCCAGUUUUACUUUUAAGUGUUUAGCUCUUAUUAUGUGCAUGGGGGGGGGGAACACACUUCCAACAGUGGGAAAGCUGUUGGCUGCAUCAUUGUGCUGGUCUGAUUUGGUGUCUAAAGAGGCGAUUGUUUCUUGUUUAGGUCAGUUAAUGAAGAUAAAAAUCACCUUUUUUUUUCUUUUUUCAUUAUUUCUUCUUUUUUUCCUUUUGAUGUGUCUUUUCUCCCAGGAGCGUGUUAGGAAGUCAACCUGUAAAUAGCUGAUGAACAUAAGCAUUUGUACUUGAUGCCGUAGGAUUAUAAGGAAUAGCGAUGUAUCCUACCUGAAGGUGUAAUAAAGUGUACAUUUUUAUAA